AUGGAUGUACAUAAUGCAUUCUUACAUGGGGAUUUGGAUGAGGAGGCUCCCAGAUGCUGGUUCUCGAAAUUAAUAGCGGCCUUGAUACAGUUCGUGUUUGUUCAAUCGUAUCCUGACUAUUCUUUGUUCACUUAUUUCAAACACAAUGUUCGUCUGCACGUGCUGAUAUAUGUUGAUGAUUUGAUUGUUGGGGGAAAUAAUACUGUAGCCAUUAUGAAAUUCAAAGAGUAUCUCAGUCGAUGCUUCCAUAUGAAAGAUCUGGGUCCACUCAAAUAUUUCCUAGGUAUUGAAGUAGCUCAUGGUCCUGAUGGAAUAUAUUUAUCUCAACGGAAGUAUGCCCUGGACAUUAUCUCGGAAUGUGGACUAUUGGGAGCCAAACCAGCGUCAGUGCCCAUUGAACAGAAUCAUCAUCUUGCGCUGGCCAAGGGUGCUCUAAUGCACAAUCCGAAUCAGUACCGAAGACUAGUAGGGAGGUUGAUAUACUUAACCAUCACACGACCUGAGCUGUGCUAUUGUGUUCAUAUUCUGGCCCAAUUCAUGCAUAGCCCGCGACAAGAACAUUGGGAGGCAGCUCUACGUGUAGUGCGAUAUAUGAAAGCAUAUUCUGGACAAGGUAUAGUAUUGCGUUCCGAUAGCGAUCUGCGCUUGUAUGCUUAUUGUGACUCUGAUUGGGCAAGCUGUCCGUUGUCAUGA